GUCGCGUCAAUAAGUCGUGAUUUGUGCUGAUAGCGCUGCAGAUCGGCCCGUUACGCUCAGUUGGCUCAACGAUCUUGCAGAAGUUUGCCUAAGCCAUAGUUUGGUUUGCGCUUGUUCGUGUUUGUGUUUUUGAUUGUGUUGAAGUCUUUGGUUCUCUGUGCAAUGUCCUACUAAAAGAAUAAUUACAAUACUUAAUAAAAAAAAAAUAUAUUGGCUCCAAAUUCAAUUGAAGGAUCAAUUAAUCAAUCAAUACUUCGGAUCGGAUACACUGAAAUUAAUGAAGCUCACAGCUUCGACGCGGCUACACAAAUAUUAGAAACGGCUAGAACUAUGACAUUUCCACAAAUUGCAACUCUGGAAUAAUAAUUUGCGUUGCAUGUCUCGGCACAACUAAAAAAAUUGUGAAACAGCAAACAACAAAAUCUCCACAGAUCAAACAACAAUAAAAAUUACAAAACAGAAAUUAAUCAAGUGCAUUUGAAGGCCAGCAAAAUGACAAAACUUCAGGUGAUAGUACUGCAUCCAGUGAAAAAGGAAUUUAAACGUAAGCACUGCGGCUUCGAUCAUGAUACGCCCGAUGAUUUUGUCAAAUCGCAGUGGCAAACCUGUACAAAGAGUAUGGUAUAUUUGCUCUAUCGCUGGUUCAUGGCUCUCUUCUUUAUCGCCGUUGUCAUUAAGUCGAUGUGGCCGCGAUCCGAUGAUGAGUCCAGCUACUGGCUCUACUUCAUCUAUAUGACCAAUUGGGGAAUUUGGAUGUGCAUGCUAACCAAUUUACUGGGCGCCGUACUCGUCACCAUUUGGCACCAUCAUCCAGAGUAUGCGGAUAAGCUGCUCAACAUGAAGGCUUGGGUAAGCCCUUUUCGAAUUUAUUGGAGCAUGCACAUUAUAACGCUAGUCUUAUCGAUUGUGAUUACGAUCAUUUACUGGACCGUACUCUAUGAUGCGAAUGAAAGUAAUUUGGAUGCCACGAAUGUGCUCACCCAUGCAUUCAACUCGAUUUGCAUGUUCAUUGAUCUGUGGAUUGUGGCACAUCCGUUGCGUUUGCUACACGUGUUUCUGCCCGUCACAUUUGGCAUUAUCUAUGCCAUAUUUUCCUACAUAUAUCAUUUAUGUGGCGGCAUCAACAAAAAGGGAAAGCCCUACAUAUACCAUGUGAUUGAUUGGAAUCAACCGAGCUCAGCUCUUCUGACUGUCUUAUGCGUCUUAUUGCUCUCUUGCUGCAUCUACGCCCUGCUCUUCGUAUUCUUCAAGCUGCGCCUCUAUAUCUCGCGCAGCUGUCGUCAGGGCAGCUUUGUAUUACCCACCACAAGCAAACAGGCUGGCAAUGCCAGCGAGAGUCAGGCCACAGCCAAUGGCAUACAGCAUUCACCCUCUCGCAUCUCCAUGGUGCUGGGCAACUAUGCGGGCUACGAGAAUCAAGCAUACACUCCCAGUGCGGGCGAGGCAAAGAAAACAAAGAGUUAGACUAUAUUCAGUGUCCAGAUGUUCAAAGUAUUGUCAGACUAUAUAGGUUGCCAGAAGACGUGGUCACAGUUCCUAAGAGACAUAUAUAUAAAUCAGAUAGACGUCUAUCUGAUUUAUAUCUGGCAAUCUAAUCUAAACUCUUUGUUCUUACGGCUUUAGUCAAACUGUACAGUAGAAUUUUAACCCAGUGAUAUACUAAAUAAUUGUAGCUAAUUCUAUGUAAAUAAUUUUUAAUAUGAAUAAAUAUAUAGUAUUGAUAAAAAA